AUGUCUUCGCAGCGGAGAAGCAGCAGCAUGCGAAUCCCGCCCUUCUUCCGCCGACUCUUCAAGUUCACAUCAAUGGACUUUGAAACGGCAAUAUGGGAAAUGACACACCUCAUCAUUGCGCCCAAGAAGGUUUUCAGGAACAUCUACUACCAUAAACAAACAAAGAAUUCCUACCACCGAGCCGAUCCAGCCUUCACAUACCUGCUCUCGCUCUUCUUAUUUCUAAGCGGCAUAGCAUGGGGCUUGGCAUAUGCAGAUGGCUUUGGGCGUACAUUACGCGUGGCUUUGAUGUUCGUCCUGGUGCACUUUCUCGCCACCUCUCUCUUGGUGGCUACGGCCAUGUUCUUUCUGGUAGGACGCGUACUUGGCAAAAGACGACAAGGGUUGUUUGGUCCACCUUCAGGUCGCGGCUGGAAUCCUGACGAAGGCCUGGAGUUUGGCUACUGCUUUGAUGUAUCAAUUCGGGCUUUCCUUCCUCUAUGGGCAUUUCUUUAUGUCUUGCAGUUCUUGCUUAUGCCGCUCAUCAAGGAAGACUACUGGAUAUCGAACUUCUUCGGGAACACGAUGUAUGUCCUGGCGCUGGGAUACUAUUUUGUCAUUACGUUUCUCGGAUACAAUGCACUGCCAUUCCUAAGCCGGACUGAGAUUCUGCUGGCACCGAUACCUGUCCUGGCGGUUCUUUGGCUGAUCAGCCUUUUCACAUUCGACUGUGCCACAAACUUGGCCCCAGUACUGUGGUGCGGUGUCAAUCUCAGAAAGGCCGUAUGA